CUAGUGAGAUCUGCCCCCCUCCCUCUUCUCUCUCUCUAGCUAUCCCUUGUUGCUUUAUUUAUUCUAUCAGAUCUAUAAUCUAUAAACGCAGCUUAUUUUCCUACAUGCCAAGUUCCUUCUUGAUAAAGAUCACAAGAACCCAUCAACAUCCCUCCAAUAUCUUUCAAACCCAUGCAUGAAACCAUUGAAUUGAGCAUCUUUGCCUCUGCAAAAGGAAACUGAACUACCCCAGACAAUACCAACAACUUAUUUUCUCUAUCCCCCACCUCUCUCUCUCUCUAUAUAUACAUAUAUAUAUAUAUAUAUAUUUUUCUUUAGGGUUUUGUUUGGAUCAUAGUUGUCCAGAUAGAGAGUCUAGUCUAUAUAUGAUGUCCCCAGAUAAUUUUCCGGCAAAGCCGGCCUCAAAGGAUGAAAGCCAAAGCUCCGGUGGUAGCCGAAAAUCAACGUUGAUGAGGCCACCAGAACAAGUCCUCAAGUGCCCUAGAUGUGAUUCACCAAACACAAAAUUCUGCUACUACAACAAUUACAGCCUCUCUCAGCCAAGGCAUUUCUGCAAGACAUGUAGAAGGUACUGGACAAAAGGAGGAGCUCUGCGCAACGUUCCCAUAGGCGGUGGCUGCCGGAAAAACAAGAAGACCAAAUCAUCCUCCAAGCUCUCCGGCGACCCCACCGACUCCGGUGCAUCUUCAGAUUUCGGUACUGGAUUGAAGUUCUUCCCAGCUGGUCUCUCUCCUCAUGCCAUGGACUUCCAGCUAGGUGGUCUCUCUUUCCCUAGACUCCAUCACUCUUCCAUAACUGGUACUGGUUUUAAUUAUAACCAGUUUUCUUCAUUUGGGGACAUUUCUUCAACUACUACUCAUGCACUCCCACUCAGUCCUUGUUUUGGUAACAUCGAUUCCUCAGCAACUUCUGGUCCUCUCAUGGGCUUCAAUUUUCCUCUAUCUUCUGUACUGAAACAACAACCAGAUCAGCAAGAACAUAUGGGUGGUGGCUCCAUGAAUGUUCAUAGUAGUCUUGCAUCUUCUAUAGAGUCCUUGAGUUCAAUCAACCAAGACCUGCACUUGAAGCUUCAGCAACAACGAUUGGCCAUGCUUUUUGGUGGAGAGAAUCAGAAAGAGAGCAGUGUUUCUUCUGUUCCUCUCGAAAAUCAGUCUCAAAAGCCACAAUCCAUUUCGUUUCACAACCUAGAGAUUUCAUCAAAGCCUGAUCAGGUUUGUGGGGUUGGUAAUUCAGGAAAAGAAAGUACUGCACCAACUGUUAAUCAUAUAGCAGCAACUGAGUGGUUCUUUGACAACUCUUAUGCACCACUGAACCCCAAUCCAAACAACGCCAACGUCAAUGGCGGAAAUGAAAGCUCAAGCAACUGGAAUGGGAUUCAAGUAUGGAAUGACUUGAAUCAAUACAAUGCAUUGCCAUAGUUUAAGGAGGAUCGAGAUCGAGGUAGAUAGACCUAAGGUCUUUUGCUAGCAAAGAAACACGAAGUAUAUGAAAAUAUAUGAUAGAAUCAUCCAUACCCAUAUUAGAUGUAACUUUUGUUCUUAGAUGUUGUUGUAUGCAGGUAUACAACAUGAAGUUGGGGAAAAAAAUUUAUGUUAAUUUUCUUUUCUGCUGUUGGAUUUUGAAUUAGUAAUAUUAUGCAGAUCAAAACAGUACUAGUUAUUAAUGUUGUUAUUGUUGAUGAUGCUGAUGGAUCAACAUGACUAUUAAUUGUUGUUUAUGCAAGAAUCCCAAAUAUGUAACGGUAGUUUGGAAUA